GCAAUCUAAAUUCUAAAAACAUGUUGUUGAAGAAACUAAAAGGAAAAAUUAAUUUGGUGUUAUUUCCCACAUGAACCAAUUAUGUAUAUCACAAAAGAAAAGAAAAAUAAAUAAAUAAAUAAAUAAAAAUAAUAAAGAGAGUAAAUAAUAAUAAUGGAAAAGCAAUUUAGAGUGAGCAAUUUAGAACACUGUUUGUUUUUUGUUGUUGCUGUUGAUUUUUUCUUUUUCAUAUUUUCUUUUUUUUUUUUUUGUUGUGUAUUAUUAUUUUUAUUGUAAUUGGAAUAAUAAUUGUUAUGGUUGUUUCUUCAUUCAAAUCUCUUCUCAUCUUCUUUAUUCAUUUAUAGUUUUUGGAACAAAAGAAAGGAAAAGAAAAGAUAGUAUGAUGUUAAUUUCCUCCGCCUUUAUCUUUCUUGACUACCACGACGGUAUUUAGUUCUUAGAGAGAAGAAAUAAAGAAAGAAGAAAGGAAAACGUAUUAGAAAUUUACGGAUUAGUUUUUUCCUCUCUUUCUCUCUCUGUCUUUUGUUUGUUUUGUGUGUUUUGGAAACCCUAAUUCUUUCGAUUUGUGGAUUCUGAGAUCGCGAUCGCUUCAAUGGAGAGCAAUUCUGAAGAAGAGAUUCAGAACAAAGGCAACAAUUAUAACAGCAACAACAGCAACAUCGGUAAUUCUAAUGAAGGACAGAGUAAGCCUAAACGACAGAUGAAGACUCCGUUUCAACUCGAAUCUCUUGAGAAGGCUUAUGCUUUGGAGACAUAUCCAUCUGAGAAGAUGCGAGCAGAAUUAUCCCAGAAGUUAGGCCUCUCUGAUAGGCAAUUGCAGAUGUGGUUUUGUCACAGGAGGUUAAAGGACAAAAAGGAGACAAAGGAGACAAAGGAGCCGAAAGAGACCAAGGAGAUGAAGGAUACUCCUGCGAAAAAACGAAAGCUGGUGCCAUUGACAGAGUCUCCUAUUGAGGAGAUGCAGGCAGUGGGGCCUGAGCCUGGAAGUGAUUAUGGGUCCGGUUCAGGCUCAGGCUCAGGCUCAGGCUCAGGCUCUAGCCCAUUUAUGGAGCCAAGGAAGGUGGGUUUGGAUGAUGCCCCAAUGAUGAGAAGGUACUAUGAGUCUUCACCACAGUCAGUUAUGGAGCUUAGAGCCAUUGCAUGUGUGGAAGCACAGCUUGGGGAGCCGUUGCGGGAAGAUGGGCCAAUUCUUGGAAUGGAAUUUGAUCCAUUACCACCUGAUGCAUUUGGGGCGCCUAUAGCAGCAAUGGUGGAACAGCAGAAGCGGUCAAUGCAUCCUUACGAUGGAAAAGGAUAUGAGCGACGCGAUGCAAAAUCAAGCAAAGCCUCUGCAAGGGCUUUUCAUGAGUAUCAGCUUCUCCAUGAUCAGUCUGAUACUAGAUGUGAUGCAUAUGGACAAGGUCAAUCUCCGUAUCAUGAUACUUCGGUUGAUAAUCUGAGGGGAAGAGCAUCAUUUGUGCAUGGAGAUGAAUCAUUGGCCAGGGUUCAUGGUGUCCAAGGUCAGGGAUCUCGUGUUAGGCUGUCAUCUCAACUGGAUAAGAAGGGUCACAUUUUUUCUUCGCCUUCCAAGGAUGAUGACUAUCUCCUGCAUCAUGACUCCUUUGCAAACAAUAGGGUAAAUACUCCGUCUAUUAGUCAUCAAAUUAUGGGAUCGGAAAAUCCAGAUAUCUUUCCUGAUGCUCAAAUCUUCCAUUCUGAUACAAAUCUGCGGAUGGAGAAGAAGCGCAAGACUGAUGACACUAGAAAUUCAAGGGAAGUUGAAGCUAAUGAAAGUCGAAUACGCAAAGAGCUUGAGAAACAGGAUCAACUGAGGCGGAAGAGUGAAGAACGGAGGAGGAAAGAAAUGGAGAGGAUUGACCGUGAAAGACGGAAGGAAGAAGAGAGACUGAUCCGUGAAAGACAGCGAGAGGAGGAGAGAUCUCUGCGUGAGCAAAAGCGUGAACUGGAGCGCAGGGAAAAGUUUUUGCAGAGGGAGUACUUGAGGGCAGAAAAAAAGAGGCAAAAGGAGGAACUUCGGAGAGAGAAAGAGGCAGUGAAGCGCCAAGCUGCCAUUGAGAAGGCAACUGCACGUAGAAUUGCUAAAGAAUCUUUGGAUCUUAUAGAGGAUGAACAGCUGGAACUCAUGGAAUUGGCAGCUGCAAGCAAGGGCUUAAACUCAAUAGUUAACCUCAAUUAUGAUACUUUGCAAAACCUUGAGUUUUUUAGAGACUCUUUGAGUGUGUUCCCACCUAAAUCGGUACAAUUAAAAAAACCAUUUGCAAUUCAACCUUGGAUGGAUUCGGAUGAAAAUAUUGGGAAUCUUCUAAUGGUUUGGAGAUUUUUUAUUACUUUUGCUGAUGUUCUUGGAUUGUGGCCUUUUACCCUUGACGAGUUUGUUCAAGCUUUUCAUGACUAUGAUUCAAGGUUGCUGGGUGAGGUACAUGUUGCUCUUCUGAAAUUGGUAAUCAAAGAUAUUGAAGAUGUUGCUCGGACACCUGUUACUGGAUUGGGAACGAAUCAAUAUUGUACAGCUAAUCCUGAAGGUGGACAUCCACAGAUUGUUGAGGGGGCAUAUACAUGGGGCUUUGACAUACGCAACUGGCAGCGACACUUAAAUCCGUUAACAUGGCCUGAAAUAUUCCGGCAAUUGGCAUUAUCUGCAGGAUUUGGGCCACGGUUGAAGAAAAGAAGUGCAACAUGGACACAGUUGGGCGAGAACAAUGAGGUCAAAGGUUGUAAAGAUACAAUUUCUACGUUACGCAAUGGAUCCGCAGCUGAGAAUGCAUUUGCGCUAAUGCGAGAAAGGGGCUUAUUACUUCCUCGGAGAUCUAGGCACCGGUUGACACCUGGAACAGUUAAGUUUGCAGCUUUUCAUGUUCUUUCCCUUGAGGGAAGCAAAGGUUUAACCGUGCUAGAACUUGCAGACAAGAUUCAGAAAUCUGGGCUUCGGGACCUGACUACAAGCAAAACACCAGAGGCAUCCAUAUCAGUUGCGCUGACAAGGGAUCAAAAACUCUUUGAAAGAAUCGCUCCUUCAACAUAUUGUGUACGGGCUGCAUAUAGAAAGGAUCCUGCUGAUGCUGAGGCGAUACUUUCAUCUGCCAGAAAGAAAAUUCGAAUAUUUGAAAAUGGCCUUUUAGGUGGAGAAGAUGGUGAUGAUGUUGAAAGAGAUGAAGAUUCUGAAGGUGAUGUUGAUGAGGACCCUGAAGUUGAUGAUUUAGCUGCUACUCCUUUUGGUGCCAACAGAAUCGCGAACCAUUCUAAUGGAGCAAACACUUGCUCAGGAAAUAGGAAAGAUAGUGUUUGUAAUGACACUCUGUUAGUUGCAGAAAAUGAGCUUGACAAAGAACAUCCAUCAGUCCCUCUAAAUAGUUCCAAGGAAUCAAUGACUCCAAGUACUACUGAGCAACAUGUUGCUCAUGAAGAUUUAGGGGUUAGAAAUGGUCAGGAAAAUAUUGAGAUUGAUGAAAGCAAAUCAGGUGAAUCAUGGAUUCAAGGACUUGUAGAAGGGGAAUAUGCUCAUCUCAGUGUUGAGGAACGUCUUGGUGCCCUUGUUGCCUUGGUUGGUAUUGCAAAUGAAGGAAAUUCCAUCCGUGCUGUACUUGAGGAUCGUUUGGAAGCUGCAAAUGCUCUUAAAAAGCAAAUGUGGGCGGAAGCACAAUUAGAUAGAAGUCGCUUGAAAGAAGAUAUUGUGAGUAAAUUAGAUUUUCCAACUUCUAUUGGGGGCAGAGCUGAAAUGCAAGUUAUUAGUUCUGCAAUGGAGGGCAGCCAAAGCCCGUUACCUCUUGUUGAUAGUAAGAAUAAGGAGGUAUCUCCAAGUACUGCAGAAGACCAAAAGUUGUUGGUUGCUGCAGAGAAUAUACAGAAUCACCUCAAUAGUGUUUCUAUUGAAAAAACCUUGGUAGUUCAAGAUCCCUCUAUGAAUCCAGAUAACUUCUCAGGUCAGCAACACGGAUAUGCUUCAAAAAGGUCACGCUCGCAACUGAAGGCUUAUAUUGGCCACAUAGCUGAAGAGACGUAUGUCUACAGGUCCUUGCCCCUCGGACAAGAUCGCAGACGGAAUCGAUACUGGCAGUUUGUUGCAUCUGCCUCUAGAAACGACCCUUGUUCUGGUAGGAUCUUUGUUGAAUUACAUGAUGGCAACUGGAGGCUCAUUGAUUCUAUAGAGGCCUUUGAUGCACUGUUGUCAUCUUUGGAUACUCGUGGGAUUAGGGAAUCCCAUUUGCGUGUAAUGUUACAAAAGAUUGAGAAAUCCUUCAAAGAAAAUGCCUAUAGGAACUCUCGAUCUGAAAAUGUUAUGCGCCAAACUGUAACAACUACUGAAGAUGAAGCUGGUGAAUCAUAUUCCAGUCCUAAUGGCUCAGCUGGCAUUAGCAGCCCUUGCAGUAUUGUUUGUGGUUCAAACUCAGAUCUAUUCGAUACGUCAUCUUUGUUCAGAAUUGAGCUGGGGAGAAAUGAAAUGGAAAAGAAAGGUGCUUUGAAAAGGUACCAAGAUUUUCAGAAGUGGAUAUGGAAAGAAUGCUUCAAUUGCUUAACAUUACGUGCCAUGAAAUAUGGGAAGAAAAGGUGUACACCGCUGCUGGCCACUUGCGAUUUUUGUUUUGAUUCUUAUCUCACCGAAGAUGUUCAUUGUCCUUCUUGCCACCAGACAUUCAGUGCUGCAAAUAAGAUUUUUAAUUUUUUGGAACAUGGAGUUCAGUGUGAGGAAAAAGUGAAGUUGAACCCUGGGGUUUCCGAUGCUUCUCUACCCCUGGGAAUCAGAUUGCUGAAGGCUCUUCUAGCUUUCAUUGAGGUAUCUGUUCCACCAGAAGCUCUUGAGUCAUUUUGGACAGAUAACUAUAGAAAGAGCUGGGCUACAAAGUUGAACAUGUCAUCGUCAAUGGAGGAAUUCCAACAGAUUUUGACUGUGCUUGAGAGUGCCAUAAAACGAGACUGCUUAUCUGCUAACUUUGAGAUGACAAAAGAAUUGCUGGGUUCCUCCCCUUCAUCACAGACUGCAUUAUAUGGUUCUUCUGAUUUGGGAUCAGUCCUUGUUCUUCCAUGGAUACCAAAAACCACGGCUGCUCUGGCCAUGAGGCUUUUUGAGCUAGAUGCUUCAAUUACGUACGUUCAGCAUGAAAAAGCUGAGCCCAGUGAGGAUAAGCCAGUUAAACUCUAUAUGAAGCUUCCUUCAAGAUGUUCUCCUCUCAAGAGUAAAGAGAUUGAACUAAAAGAACUAAAGCAUGAUUAUGUAAAAGAUGAGAACUUUAAUGACUUGCGCAGUAAACGUAACAACAAUAAACGUGGACGAGGAGGCCGAGAUCAAGGAUAUGGUACAAAGUUGCAGAGAAGAAUACCUGGUCUUAAAUCUGAUCCAAGUAAACGCAAUGCUAGGGAAAAUGAGAGACUUAAUCUAGGACAAAAGCAGGGACGACGGACAAAUGCCCAAGCAUCUGGUCGGGGUCGCAGGACCGUUAGAAAGAGAAGAGCAGAAAUGAUGGUAGACGAUGAUACGUUGAUCGGUCGUAUGACCAACUCUGUUAGCCAUAGUAAGUAUGGAGGAUCAUUAAGAAACUUUGACGAUGAAGAUUGGGGCAUCGAAAAAGCCAGGAUGGAUGCAGAUGUGGAUGAUGCUGACAAUAGUAACAGUGUGGAAGCAGCAGAAUCUGAUGACAAUGUUGAAGCAGAGGGAUAUGAACAAGAAAACUGGGAGCAAAGUUACAUUGGAGCCUCUAAUAGGUGGAAUCAAAAUUCAGUGGAGGCGAGUGAUGAUGAUGGAGAUGCUUCUGGAGAUGAUAAUGGGAUUGAAGAUAUGGGAGUUGAAGACUCAGAGGGUGAGAUAGAAAUAAGCGAGGGUUCAGACGGAUUAGCAAAUAAAAUGGAUAAUGAUGAAGCCUCAGACUCUGCAGUUUCAGAUGAUUAUAGUGACUGAUUAUCUUCCUACUUACAGAUGUUUCUGGCAAAAGUUACUCUUGUUCGUGAGCUGCACUGUUUUUGGUAGUCGCAGCACUUCACAAGCGCCUGAAUUCAUGCACGAGAAGAAAGAAGAGAAACACGGUUGCUUCUUUGUGUUCCGAUUAAUGGGACAAUAUAUAACUAGAAAAUGCAGGUAGAAGGUUGAAGUAAAUUAGUAGACCGGCCUUGUAGUUCAUUAUUGUUAACGGGCAUUUAAUUGUAAGCUAAGCAUGUGCCAUUAGAAGCGAGAUUUACCCCCUUUGGUUCCUCGUCCUUCCUUUAUAUAAUUUUUUCUCCGAUGUAUCAAAAAAUUUUUUUAUUAAUAAGAUAAUUUCAUCGCAAACCUUUUUUUGUU